AAAAAUAUAAAAAUAUAAAAAUAAAUAAAUAUUCAGAAUUCUCGCAAUUCUUUAUUAGAAAAAGCUCUCCGGAGCACCACUGCGUUUCCGUUCCGAAACCCUAGAAUUUGCUCCUCUCUCUAAUUUUCGAGCUCCGCUAUUUUUUUCUCUAAAUUAUUGAUUAGGGUUUGCAGGCAUUGUAUGAAAAGUUAGCAGUGGAAGAGAAAGAUGUCAGGAUCAGAGACGGGAGUGAUGGCGAGUAGAGAGGCCUUCAGCGUGGGGCUUCAGCAGAAGACUCAGCCGCUCGUACAGAACAUGCGCUUGGCGUUCGGUGUCGACAGCGGUUCCGUUUACAAGCCCGUCGGCGCGGCUACAGCAGCCUCAACCUCGACCUCGACCUCGCCGACUUACCAACCCUCCGGCGAUGGUGGAUCCACCACCGCUAUCGCCGGUGGUGGGGCCAUGGUUAAUGUGAAUGUGAGCAGUAUGGGUGGUAGUGGCGGUGAGACCGUGAAGAGGAAGAGAGGGAGACCCAGGAAGUACGGGCCAGAUGGAGCUAUGGCAUUGGGUCUCACCCCUGCGCCUCAGUCUGUCACGGUAAACCAGUCAGGUGGAGUCUUUUCUUCUCCUCCUCCUCUUCCUUCGGUUCCUACACCGCCUUCUGGAGGCCCAGCCUCACCCACUUCGUUCAAGAAAGCUAGGGGUAGACCGCCCGGUUCUAGCAAGAAGCAACAAUUGGAAGCUCUGGGAUCAGCAGGUGUUGGGUUUACACCACAUGUUAUCACUGUGAAAGCUGGAGAGGAUGUAUCGUCGAAAAUAAUGUCAUUUUCUCAGCAUGGUCCAAGGGCUGUCUGCAUCCUGUCAGCAAAUGGAGCCAUAUCUAAUGUUACUCUUCGCCAACCAGCCACAUCUGGAGGAACUGUAACUUAUGAGGGGCGGUUUGAAAUUCUGUCCCUUUCUGGUUCGUUCCUGCUAUCUGAAAAUGGUGGUCAGCGGAGCAGAACUGGGGGUUUAAGUGUGUCUUUAUCUGGCCCAGAUGGUCGUGUUUUAGGUGGGGGUGUGGCAGGUCUUCUCACAGCUGCAUCCCCUGUUCAGGUAGUGGUGGGGAGUUUUAUUGCAGAUGGUCGAAAGGAAUCAAAGUCAGCAAAACAGAAUUACCAGAUGGAAGCUUUGACUGCCCCACCAAAGUUUGCCCCUGGUGGUGGGCCAACAGGGGCCAGCAGCCCGCCGUCACGCGGGACCCUUAGUGAAUCCUCAGGUGGGCCGGGAAGCCCACAUAACCAUAGUACAGGAGCUUGCAAUAACAGUAACCCACAGGGGAUGUCUAGCAUACCGUGGAAGUGAAAACUAAACAACCCCUUGUACCUAUUAAUCUUUUUAACCUAUUUGUGUUGUAGCCUUGUAGGGAGGCAGGGGCUCUAAUGUUGUGUUUUCAUUUAUUUUUAAGCCUUCAGAGACCAUUUGUAAUUCAGGCCCUUGUGUACGUCUGUAGAAUAAGGACUAGAAUAGUUUCCAGCCUGAACAUUGUUGGCUGCUGCCUGCUGAAAAGUGCCAACCAGUUAGUGACAGGUGCCCUUUGCACUUACUAAGUUAGAAAUUAGAGAGAGAGCUUCUGCUCUUAGGAAUUUCUUUGUUGAGAUGGUGUUUUAGCUUGUUAUGCUUUGCCUUACUGUAGCUUCUCUUGUUAUUGAUUAUGGUUAUAAAAUUGUGCCAAUUUUCUA